GUAGAAGGUUUCGAUUGGUAUCUCUUUGGUGCUUCUUGCUUUAGGUGGCAAGGUAUUAAUCCUUUCUUCUUCCACGCAGUUGUCUCAUCGAUCAUCUUCACUGUGAAGAUACUUCUAAACAAUAAUUACAAAUCAACCCGGAGAAAAGAUUGCCUUUGUCACAGGAGUGAGUGAUCUGUCCGGGCAUUGCCUUCAUCGCAAUCCUGUGCAAGUAAAGAAGACGGAGGGCUCUAAGGGCAUAUACUAAUAGAGCGACCAGUUCCAGCAAGCAUGGCAAGUAUACCAUCACAAUCACGGCCGAAAAGCGAUCCUAGUAACUCCAUCAGCAGCGAGCCUGUGGAAAACAAGACAGCAGAGAAAGAUCUCAGCUGGUACCUGCCAUUGUACAAAGCUGCAAUUAGAGGCGACUGGGAGAGUGCCAGAAGAUUUUUCGAGAUUGAUCCAGAUGCAAUCACAGCCAAGAUCACAAAAACCUUUGAUACGGUGCUCCUCGUGGCAGCUACAGGACAUUCAAUCCAUUUUUUGGAGAAGCUGGUGGAGUUAAUGUCACCGGAUGCACUGGCUUUGGCCAACACGGGUGGUGACACAGCCCUUCACGUAAUUUCAGGAGUCGGCAACAUUGAGGCAGCCAAGUUAUUAGUGAAGAAAAACCCAGACUUGCCUAAUAAAUGGAACAAUGUUAAACAACUACCUCUCCACUUUGCUGCUAUGGUUGGCCACAGGAAUAUGAUUUUGUGUUUAUUGACUAUCACCAGAGAAGAGAUGGAGCCAAAACCAUUUGAGAAUGAACCGGGUUCUAUGCUUAUGAGUUCAUUGAUAACUAGCGGAUUAUAUGAUGUCGCUCUACAUCUGCUCCAGCGCUAUCCUAAUUUGGCACGGGGUCAUCCAUCUCCUUUGAUUGCACUAGCACAAAAACCUUCUGCAUUCCCUAGUGGAAGUCGUUUAAACUGUUGGCAACAGUUAAUUUAUGCUCGUGUUCCUGCGAAGUUGGAAAAUUUCUCAGACCGUCAAAGUGGAGGAGACACGGAGAACCCAGCUGAUUAUUCUCAAGUGUGUGUACAAAUGAGCUGCUGCUCUCAAUUCUUUGGAGGAAACCACUCCCUUUCUGCAUGUCAAAAUUUGCAUAUAAAGCUCUGGAAAGUCAUCGAAAUAUUAGUGCCACAGAUCAAGCAUAUCCGAGCAACAAAAUUGAUGCAUCAUCAAGCACUUGAACUUAUCAAAUGCUUUUGCACGGAAGUCAUUAGUUUGGAUAACAAAAAAGCAUCCUUGAUAUUGAGAAAGCCAUUCCUUUUGGGGGUAGAGUUUGGAAUUCAUGAACUCGUAGAAGAGAUCGUAGAGUCAUUUCCUGCUGCAAUUUCUUUUGGGGACAAAGAGAACCAUGUGCUGUUCCAUCUUGCAGUUAUAAAUAGACAUGAAAAUGUUUUCAACCUCGUCUACCAAAUGGGAAAGUAUACACAAUUCUUAUCAAUGUUCACUGACAAAUCCGAGAAUAAUAUCUUGCAUCUGGCUGGAAAUUUGGCACCAAAACCCAAACUCAAUCUUGUUUCUGGCGCGGCCCUACAGAUGCAGCGGGAAUUACAAUGGUUUAAGGAAGUGGAGAAGUAUGUACUGCCUCCACACAAAGAAGUGAUGAACUCUAAGGGGAAGACACCUGCAAUGGUAUUUACUGAGGCACACAAUGAAUUGGUCAAGGAAGGAGAAAAAUGGAUGAAAGAAACAGCAACUUCAUGCACUGUUGCAGCAGCACUUAUUGCCACUGUAGUAUUUGCAGCAGCCAUUACAGUACCUGGAGGCAACAAUAGCGAUAGUGGCAUCCCAAUUUUCUCAAAAGAAAAGGGCUUUAUAAUCUUUGCCAUAUCAGAUGCAAUUUCUCUUUUCUCAUCUCUCUCGUCAAUAUUGAUGUUCUUGUCCAUUCUCACUUCUCGCUAUGCAGAAGUUGAUUUUCUCUAUGCCCUGCCCAAGAGGUUAAUCAUUGGUCUUGUAACCUUAUUUCUUUCUAUAACAUUCCUGAUGAUCACCUUCGGCGUAACAAUCUUUCUUGUGUUUGGCCAUAAGAAAGCAUGGGUUCUUAUUCCAGUGGCCGCAAUGGCCUGUCUACCAAUCACCUUAUUUAUAUCCUUGCAAUUUCCACUUCUUGUGGAUAUGAUCAAGUCCACAUAUAGCCCGGGCAUUUUUCGAAAGCAAAGUGAACGUAUCCUCCAGUAGAUCAAGCAGAAAAGACUGAGAAAUUUGAGAUUUUAUAUCCACAGGUAUUUUGUACUUUAUCAAAAACAGUGUGAAUUAACUGUCAUUUUUAUUUUCAAGUGAAUAUCUUCACGUUGUAUUCCAACAGGUCAUGUUCAAGUGUAUUUUGUUUGUUGUUUCCA